AUGCGGGAGAAUGAAGGGGCUGACGUCGCCGCGUUGAACGGUGACAACAUGACACAAAUCACGCUGUCAGUGGUCGAGGAAUGGCUGGACAGCCACCCUGACCACUGUCAGGACUACUUCCUCCGAAAAAUUGAACUGGACCUGAUCAACAAAUGGCUCGUUUCACACGGAUUCCUCAACAUCAACGAUUACAUCUCAUCAGCCACGUCCACGUCUUCAUCAGGCAACGUGAGUCCAACCAACGGGCUGGCAAUACAGCAGCAGAUAUCACCGGCUACAUCUCCGAACGCGCCAAGUAUCCUGGUCAACGGCACCAACUCGCUAUCCGUGUCCCAGAUGUACAGGUCCAACUCAAAGAGAUGCCGGCGGCACGACUUUGCCCGGGCCAAGACCCGGAGCGUAUUGCGCACACAGGAGAUCGGCAAGGACGUGCCAAUCUGCUCCAGUAGGAGAUCGUCGCUGAAGGAUAUGAGAAAGUUCACGUCGUUGCCGCCGAGCCCGAUCAGCAUGCUGUCGCUGCUCAUCGAUUCCAAGGUGCGACUCCCCAGGUGGCCGGUGUCCGCGCACAAUGUGGACACCAAGCGGGAUCUGCGGCACGCACAGGGCGAACGGGACUUCUUCCUGACGGUGGUCCGGGACAUCGCCACCGAUCUGGAUCUCAAGUCACUGUCGCAAAAGAUCGUCGACGAUCUGGCCGUGUUGCUGGACUGCGACGCCGGUUCGCUGUUCCUCGUGGACGGGCCGCCGCGGGGCUCCCGGCGCCGGUGUCUCGUGUCCAAGGUGUUCGACGUGCACAGCGGCGCCCGCGGCCAAUUCCUGUUGCCGGACGGCGUCCAGUGCGAGGUGGCCGGCGGACCGGCCACCACCACCGACAACGAGGUGCGCAUCCCGUGGGGCGUGGGCAUACUCGGCCACGUCGCGUCCACCGGCGAGACGGUCAACCUGGACGUCGCCUGUGAGGACCCGAGAUUUGACGACGAGGUGGACCGCAUAAUGGGAUACUACACUUCGUCGUUGCUGUGCAUGCCGGUGAAAAAUUCGUACGAAGAGAUAAUAGCGGUGGCGCAAGUCAACAACAAGAACCCGGACAAGGACGGAGGCCAUUUCACCAGCAUGGAUGAAAAACUUUUCGAGACGUACUUACAGUUUGUCGGUAUAGCUAUUACAAACGCACAAAUCGUCGAGGACUCCCGAGCCGAAUACGAUCGAAACAGGAACUUGUUGGAAGUGGUGCACGAUCUAUUUGAAGAACAAACGUCCAUCGACAAAGUGAUCAUGAAGAUAAUGCAAAGGGCUCAGAGGUUGUUGAAGUGCGAAAGGGCGGCCGUGUUGCUGGUAGACGAGUCUUGCGACAGUACCAGAUUUUCGAAGCUGUUCGAUUUGAACUCACCCAAGCACAAUAUAAAAAAUAACGUUAAAAAUUCUAGGCAAAAAGUGGAAGGCGAGAACGUAUCUCGAUACCUAGAAAGCCUUGCUGAGAGGGUGGCUUGUUCAGGAGAGGUGCUGAACAUCAAUGAGCACGAGUGCAGCGAGGGCAUAGUAGAUUCAGGCAUCAACUCACUAUUGGCAAUGCCCAUCAGGAAUAAAAAUGACCAAAUAAUCGGUGUCGCCAGUAUAAUCAACAAAUUGAAUUCGUCGCCAUUCGACGAUUACGACGAACAGUUGUUCGAGGCUUUUACAAUAUUCUGUGGACUGGGAAUACAUAACACACUAAUGUAUAGUGAAGUAGAAAAGGCGAUGGCCAGACAAAAAGUCUCCAUUGAAGUUCUAUCUUAUCACGCGACAGCUUCUAACAAAGACGUGGAACGUAUCCUGGGCAUGCCGGUACCUGCUGCUGAUUCGUUGAAUUUGUAUUCUCUUGCGUUCGACGAUUUUUCACUUAACGAUGACGAAAUGCUGAUGGCCGCCGUGAGCAUGUUUUUGGAACUCGGACUCGUUAAGACGUUCAACAUUGAAAAAGAAACAUUAUAUCGGUUCCUUAUCACGGUGAAACGCAACUACAGGGACGUGCCUUAUCACAACUGGAGACACGCUUUCAAUGUUGCUCAAGUCAUGUUCGCUAUUAUGAUGGGAUGUGACAUGAAAAAUACGUUCUCCGAUCUUGAAGUUCUGGGAAUGUUUGUCGGAUGUUUGUGUCACGAUCUCGAUCACCGAGGAACAAAUAAUUCAUUCCAAGAAAAAGCCAGAUCAGCAUUAGUCUUAUUGUACGGCACUACAAAUACAAUGGAACACCAUCAUUUCAAUCACGCAGUGAUGAUACUCAGUAGUGAAAAUCUCAAUAUAUUCUCGAGUCUAUCCGCGGAGAGUUUUUCAACUGUGAUGAAAGUAUUAAAACAUAGUAUACUGGCCACUGAUCUUUGCAUGUACUUCCAACUGAGAAACAAGUUCUUCCGUCUAAUCGAAUCUAAAGAAUAUAGUUGGGACGAAGACUCGCAACGAUACUUGCUGAUGGCAAUGUUGAUGACGUCGUCUGACUUGGCAGCGUCCACAAAGCAAUGGCACGUGCAGAAACGAGCCGCCAGACUGGUGACAGAUGAAUUCAUCGAGCAAGGCGAUAAGGAAAGAUUUGAGUUAAAAAUCCAGCCACAAGCUCUCAUGGACAGAGAGAGGCAACACGAACUUCCACAGUUGCAGAUCAGAUGGAUCGCAGAUAUAUGUCUGCCUUUGUACCAGGCAUUGGGUCAAAUGAAUCCAAAAUUAAACGUUAUGAAGGAAGGGGCGAUGAAUAAUAUGCAACAAUGGAGCAAAUUGAUUGACGAAAACUACAAGAACGCGAACGGGGAGCAAAAAUAACUGAAUGGACUGUGAAAGAUAUGGCAGAAAAAAAAAACAGGGAAUGAAAUUCAGUAUUUUUUUCCUCAAAAAUCUUUAAGUAGACUGAUCGACAACUAGAAUCGUAUUAAAUUAUAUUGCUAUGAAGCUAAUAAGAAUGUAUGGGAAUUUCUAUGAUAAAUGAGUAAUGACAUAUUAUAAUAUUAUGUUUGAUUUAUUA